AGCCCUGUAUUCUCUGGACUUUAACUUUCUCCUCGAGGGUCAUAGAGAAAAGAAAUGGCUUCUGUGCCUCUGACAGCCAGGUCCCAGGAAUCCGUGACCUUCAAGGAUGUGGCUGUGAACUUCACCCAAGAGGAGUGGCAGCAACUGAACCCUGCUCAGAGGGACCUCUACAGAGAUGUGAUGUUGGAGAACUACAGAAACCUCAUCUCACUGGGGCUCUCCAUUUCUAAACCUGCUGUGAUCUUCCAAUUGGAGCAAGGUGAAGAGCCAUGGACACAUGAUAUACAAAGAAUUGAAGAGGAAGAGGUCUCAAAAAAUACCUGUUUGGGCAAGGAGAGUAAACCUGAGACCCAGGGGUCAACUCCAAAGGAGAAGAUUUCUGAAGAAGUAGAAUCAUCAGGAAUGUUAAUGGAAAGAUUCACAAGAGAAGUCCCUGUUUCUGAGGAAAAACUGGAAAGGCAGAGAGAACAUUCUGAAAGGAAUAUAAGGAGAAAAUCUGUUUUCCAUAGGAGAAAUCUCAAGAAAAUGGCAAUAAAUGACCAAAAAAAUCCCAAUAAGGAGAGAGGCCCGGAAUGUAAUAUUUGUGGGAAAACCUUUAGACACAGGAGUAGCCUUCGGAGACAUCAGAUUACUCACACAGGAGAAAGACCCUAUGAAUGUAAUGAAUGUGGGAAAGCUUUCUUUGACUGUUCAUCCCUUACUAUACAUGAAAGAAUUCAUACUGGAGAGAAACCCUAUGAAUGUGACGAAUGUGGGAAAGCCUUCUUUAACUGCUCAAAUCUUACCAGACAUCAGAGAAUUCAUACUGGAGAGAGUCCCUAUAAAUGUAAUGAAUGUGGUAAAGCCUUCAGACAUAGUAGUAGCCUUAGGAGACAUCAAAUGACUCACACAGGACAAAGACCCUAUGAAUGUAAUGAAUGUGGGAAAGCCUUCUUUGACCGUUCAACUCUUAUCAUACAUGAAAGAAUUCAUACUGGAGAGAAGCCCUAUGAAUGUGAUGAAUGUGGGAAAGCCUUCUUUGACAGAUCAUCCCUUACUCAACAUCAGAAAAUUCACAGUAAAGAAAAGCUCUAUGAAUGCAAUGAAUGUGGGAAAGCCUUCAACUUGAGAAGGCAUCUUAACCGACAUCAAAUAACUCAUACUGGAGAAAAACCUUAUGAAUGUAGUGUAUGUGGGAAAGUUUUCAGUCGCAAGUCAUCAGUUAUCCAGCAUCAGCGACUUCCUUCAGGAGAGAGAUUUCUUAAAUGUGAUACACUUGGAGAGAACUUAAAACAGAAUUCAGACCUGAUUAAAGAUUCAAGAAUUUGUACAGGUAAGAAGCCUUGGAAAUGUAAUGAGUGUGGGAAAGCCUUUAGUUACUGCUCAGCCUUUAUCCUACAUCAGAGAAUUCAUACUGGAGAAAAACCUUAUGAAUGUAAUGAAUGUGGAAAAGGUUUCAGCCAGAGUAUACACCUUACCCUUCAUCAGCGAAUUCAUACUGGAGAGAAACCCUAUGAAUGCAAUGAAUGUGGGAAAGCCUUCAGUCACCGAUCAGCCCUUAUUCGACAUCACAUAAUUCAUACUGGAGAGAAACCCUAUGAAUGUAACGAAUGUGGGAAAGCCUUUAAUCAAAGUUCAUACCUUACUCAACAUCAGAGAAUUCAUACUGGAGAGAAACCUUAUGAAUGUAAUGAAUGUGGGAAAGCCUUUAGUCAAAGCACAUUUCUUACUCAACAUCAGGUAAUUCAUACUGGAGAGAAGCCCUAUAAAUGUAAUGAAUGUGGGAAAGCCUUCAGUGACCGCUCAGGGCUCAUUCAACAUCAGAGGACUCAUACUGGGGAGAAACCUUAUGAAUGUACUGAAUGUGGGAAAGCCUUUGGUUACUGCUCUGCUCUUACUCAGCACCAGAGGACGCAUACUGGGGAGAAACCUUACAAAUGUAAUGACUGCGAGAAAGCUUUUAGUGACCGUUCAGCCCUCAUACGGCAUCAGAGAACUCAUACUGGAGAGAAACCCUAUAAAUGCAAGGAAUGUGGGAAAGCCUUCAGCCAGAGUUCAUCCCUUACAAAACAUCAGAAAACUCAUACUGGAGAGAAACCUUAUAAAUGUAAUGAAUGUGACAAAGCCUUCAGCCAGAGCUCUUCCCUUUCUCAACAUCGAAAAACUCAUGCUGGCACUAAAGCCAGCAAAUAUGGAAAAACCUUUAGUGAACACUCAGAAUUUACUCAACAAAAGAGAAUACAUACUGGAUAG